CCCGUUGCCACUUCGCCUCAUGUCGGCAGCAGGCUGUCUUUCUCCACCGGUCUUGCUGAAUGAAGAAUAUCUUCCUCCGUAAACCUGAAAUCCCACCAUCCAAGCCUUCGCGCUCGCACCGGCCCACUGACGCCUAUAACGUUUGGAUCCCCCCGGAGGCCUCGCGCGUCCCCACUCCAGGUCCCAGCGCGCGGGCUUCCUCGAACGCCGGCCCAAGCCACGCGCAGGAGUCGUACCGUGGGACUGGACGCACUCUGCCACGACCUGAGCCGCCUUCAUCGAAUAGCUACAAAUAUACAGGCGGACAAACUACCAAGACCGGAUUCUCCUACUCCAAUCAUGCACCACAGCCCGUCCCCGUGCAACCCAUCCCGAUACAACCUUACGGCCAAUACUACCUGUCCAAUCCUCCGACAAGUAGCAUCGAGCGCCCAGAGUCCCGUAACGGGUAUACGACAUAUGUGCCCACACACUUCCAAUAUCCCCAUUUUCCUGGCGUCCCGGUGCCGCAACCUACGCAAUCGGAAUACCGAAGGGCCAAGGAAGAGAAACGACGCGCCCGUGAGUCGAGCGCUCGCCCAUCUCCCAAGAAGCACCGAGAAAAAGAAGCGACGACAUCAUCGUCACGCGCUCCACAUCUCGCGACGUCGACGUCGAGCAUCAGGCUCACGCCGGACGAAUUGGAGCCGCGGCAUCGGAAGCGCGAUGCUGGUGAGGUGCGGACGAGGAAGGAUAGCCGCACGAAGGAAGAGGAUCAGAUACGCGACCCGGCGAGAAAGAGGGAAAAAGAGUCGCGGCGAAAGAGCAAGGUCGAUGGCCGGAUGGAUGAAGGAGAGAGCUCGGAUGGCUCGGUCCAGCGGCCCUUGACCGCUGGGCAUCAUCUUCGUCAUACAGAUGGAAAGAAAUUACAGCCCCCGGACCCUGCGGCACGAACCAGGGCUGUGAAACCGCCAGCCGAUAUCCACCCAGCGCCUCAACUGUCCAACACUAUUCCUGUUCAACUGCCUGCGCCUUCCCAGCGGCCGAAUCAGACUGCUCCAGCGCCUGAAAGCGAUACCGAGAGAGGAGGGACUCUGAGUCGCGGGCGAAGUUUCCUCCGAGCCACUGGUCUCGCAGGCAGGUCCAAGCAAGCAUCAGAGGAAAGCCUGAAGAAGAAGGUGAAAGAGGCGAAGGAAUCCAAGGGCAUCUGGCCAUUCUCGCGUUCGAAAUCCUCACAGAAGAUACCGCCAGUUGUCACGGUGCCACCCCCUGUUCGGAAAGCUCGAGCGGACAGUACUCCCUCCUCAGCGCGGCCACCGCUACUGCAGCCUGAUGUCAUUACCCGCCCUGAACAUCGACGAUACGCCAGUGAGCUCGUGGGGAAUUCUCGUACUGCGCAACAGCGGGACCAGCCGCAGGUCGAGCCGCAACGAUUUGAACUACCCCGAGUUGAACCCCCGCGGAUUGAUAAGCAGCGAACGGAACCAUCACGAGUUGAAGCGCAAGCGAGGGCCAUGUUGUUCGCCCAACCUCCGCCUACGUCCCAGUCACGUGUUUCGCGGGUAGCGGGCCACGAAGUCCCGCCCAGUUUGAGCAGUGCCGAUCCAGUGCAUAAAGGGCCUGCUCGCUCAGAUGGACCACCUCUCUCGAGCACUAUGGCCGGACAUAUAGUCUCUCAUGGUCGAGAUUCUGUUUCCUAUCCCUCACUCUAUGCACCGCCUGUGGCCAACUCCAGUUCUAAUGCAGAGAACAGGGUAUCGCAGCUUGUUACCAGCUACGAGGCCCGGCUGUCGGAUACCCAGUUGCGCCCAGCUGUUGAGAGAGCGCCGACUGUCAUCCAACCGGCAUCGGACUCCACAGCACGCGCGGCACCCAAGCCUGAGGUUUCUUCAUCCAUGCAGUCUGAAGCACCCAAGACGUCUGCCUCUCAACAACGGCCUUUGCAUGGCAUUCCCAAGACAGCCUCAGACCAUUCUGCCCGGCAUGCGACUGAAUCCAGCCUUCUCUCUCGAACCCAUCCCGAGUCCUCAUCCGAUGAGAGGCCGUCGUCCAAGUCCAGGAGGAGGGAAGAGGCAUCUCGUGUUUCCGACACCCGCACCAAGCAUUCUCCGCCGUUGAUGAACUCCAGACGGGCAGAGGCCGAUCCCAAGCCUCCUCGACCGAAGCUCGAGCGAGACCGUGAUGAUAGGCCUAGCCGCUCGAAGAGAGAAGUGGUGCCUGUUCCGGUCAUGAAGACACCGUCCAAAGACUCUUCGAGACACACAUCCAGUCCUUCGUCUGUUCUGCUGCACCAGCGCGCGUCAGACAAGGAGAGAGUGUCUCCGCUGCAUAAUCCGGUCAAGCCGCUGUCCACGAAAGCUGCUUCCAGCUCCUCCAAACCUGAACGGCCUUUCUUUCCUUCCCUUGUGGCGGAAAGACAUACACCCCUUGUCAACGGUCAGCAAUCCCAGCUUCCGCCUGCGGAUUCUGCUUUGUUUUCGCCCGGACCGGUCGCUCCAGAUCCCGUUGUCAGACCGCCGAGUGUGCAGCCGGAAAGUCGCGCGUCGAUCCACCCCUCCCCUCAGACGUUGAUGGUGCCCCCAAUUCAUCAUAGACCGUCCGAAGAGUCCAUUCUCAAGACGCCCUCCUCCCUUGCCCAGUCCAUCUUCCCUCCGACUGCUUCCCGCACGUCGUUGCCGGCGUCCCUGUCCACUGACCCCAAGAGGAAAGGUCUCCUCGGAAUGUUCAGAGCCAAGCCAGGAAAUGAAUCUGAGCCAGAGCCUUACAGUCACAAUCGUCCGAGCAGCCGCAACACGAGAUCCGCUGCGCACCGGGACGAGGAUACCCCUCGGGCGGUUCCUCCAUCGCCGAUCACAAUUCCCAAGCCCCAAGCCGUAGCGCCAGAUCGCAAGAGCCCGAACUCCAGGGUCUUUUCCUCAUUCCGCUACCUCACGACCAAGCGAUAUAACCGAGUGUCGACCGCCUCGAUGGAUGCAGUUGAUGGCACUGCGACAAACACAGUGAUGGGAUCGCCGACAGCGUCUCAUCAGAGCAGCCAGUUUCCGAGCAGCUCGCCGCCGCAGCGGGAUCCAUGGGCGGCCACCGAAGACUGGAGGGUUUCGGAGCAAGCCCACCACGAGACGAGCAGGAGGCCCGGCCGGAGACAGCGACCUGGGAUCGUAUUCGAUGUACCAGAGGAUCCAUUCGAGGAAACUAAACGCUCGCGGCCGGCGCGUCUGCGGAAGUCUGCGCCGACGCCUCAGCCCGAGCCGGAUGCGGCCGAUGUGCCUGCUGCUGAGCCAGACGAGUGAAUUAUGCUCAUUAACGUGCUAGAUGCUAUAUAUUGCUCUCGCUAUGCUUUCAAGAAUAGUCGUGUAUCAUAUCUGAGGGGAUUAUGCUAUGUAUUGUAUUGCUUUGAGUUCAGCGGAACCCCAUCGUAAGUUGGACGAGACGGAUAAGGCCAAGAGGCGGAUCGCGAGCAGGGACAUUGUGAAACCGACCAACGCUCGGACGUGAAACAGCUCCGGAUUUCCAUCGCACGUGAGUGGAUAUGUCAGGCGGAUAAGAUUAGAUGUAAUAUUCGAUUAAUCACAUGCAGAUACGAGUUCCUGGCCGCUAUAGCUUCGAUCCCGACUUGCGUUUGGGCUCAGUGUGAAGCUGCUGCACCCAUCCAAACUUGGCAUCCGUCCUGUUUUCUCGACGGGGCACUGAAGUGAGCAUCCGAACGAACACGGUCAGAUUGAGCAGUGCAGAGACCCCCGGCGAGUGACGCACCCCAGUCUCGACCUCCGUCGACUGCAGACGGGCACACACUCUUCCAGUCGGCUUUGGUUGGGGAAAGGAACAGCGAGCUCCCGCAGUUUGAGCAGAAAGAGCGAAUCAGCGUUUGUCCGCUCGUCGUGUCGGAGUCGUGGUACUGCUUCACAAGUCCCUCGCCUUCUGUCACGGAUAUUUUCUAUGUGGGGUUAUCAGCGAGGGUUUUUGAAGACACGGUCAAGCGAUGUUCACAUCCGGGGCGAAGAACGCGUUCGUCAUGAAGGCAGACCCCGCCGACUUCUUGCAGUUGGGGCAGUGACAGACCAUAUAAGAGAAAGGAUCUCCUUGGACUGUGAAGCGCACUCUCUUGCACAAGCAAGAACCUUGUCGGAUGGUGGCCAUCCUCCAAGUUGAGGUGUGGGGGGAGCUAGUAGAUGAUCAACCGGUAGGACAACUCGAAUAAGCGACCGAUCGCGGGAAGCACGUGAUCCCGAUUCGUCCUGGGAGCGAACCGGAUACAUGCGCUUCUCUGUGCCUACGAUUCCACUGGUUGUUUCCGGCCCUACUCUGCCAAGGUUCUCUGUUAACGAAGCGAUCGAACGUGUAUCCGCAUUCCUGUCUCAUGGAAACGUGACUGUGCUCACGGGGGCCGGUGUGUCUGUAGACAGCGGGAUCAGGGCAUACAGAGGCAGCGAUGGACGGUACAUGAAUCCAAACUACAAACCUAUUUUCUAUCACCAACUCGUCGAUCAGACUGAUUCCGGGCACACCUUCCGGCAGCGGUACUGGCUGCGGUCCUACCUUGGGUACCCGUCAGUGCGACGCGCACUGCCGAAUCCGACCCAUUUCGGGCUGGCGGCUUUGCAGCACACGAACGUCGCGCCGAGAAUCAUCACACAGAAUGUCGAUGGUCUCCACCAUCGUGCCCUGGAUCUGUCUCCUGAGAUCAAGGACAGUCGCAUCCUGGAGCUUCACGGAAGCCUCACGUACACUGCAAGCAUGGGCACACCGUUGAUCGUGUCACAUUCCAAGACUGGCUAUCAGUUGCGAAUCCCCAGUGGAAGGCAUUCGCCGAGGAAACAGAGCGGACAGGCGAGCGCUUACGAACGAAUCCGGACGGAGAUGUCGCCAUUGAGCAUCUGGGGCAAGUUUACCGUGAUUUUGUGGUCCCCGAAUGCCCUGAAUGCCAGGCGGAAGGUCGUGCCAACAGCAUCCAUAAACCAGAGAUCGUCUUUUUUGGAGAGUCGAUUCCGGGCCCAAUAAGAGACCAGUCAUUUCACGAUGUCGAGAAAGGCGGUCGGCUGCUUAUCGUGGGAACGACAUUAGCGACUUAUUCCGCCUUCCGGCUGCUGAAACACGCUGUUGAUCUGGGAAAACCCGUGCUGCUCCUAAAUGUGGGCCCUUCCCGCGGGGACAGUGUCCCGGGAAUCGAGCGGCUCGACAUGGCCAGUGGCUUGAUCAUCGGGCAAGUUGUUCGGGCCGUCUUGGGCGGUAAAGCUUUCGAUGACCCCGUCGUUGCAAAGAUGCUGCAGAGCGGUAUAGUCCAACCCCCUGAAGACGAUUCUCAACCUGUCGCUGAAAUGUCCAAAUAAUCCACGCAAUCUAAUAUAUUACAAUGUGACAUGCACUAAUGGGGAUUUGCACGUAGAUGAGCCAAGGGGUGGUAUAUCGAAGUAGAGGGUAUG